GAGCAAGAGAAAGAAGCCUCGGGAGAGGAUGCCGUGGGAGUUCGCCACGCCAGAGGAGGAGGCCAAGGCGGAGGCGAGACUGGCUCUAGAACGCGAGCUCAUCGUGCACGACCCCAAGACUGGAGACACUUGCUUCACCCGCGUUUGGUUCCUUGACCGCACCAUCUUCGACCUCGACGAAGAGACACAAUAUGGUCCUAUGCGUUAUGUGAAUUCAACUAUCGGUGAUGACCACAGAUUGGUUGGCUCUUUAAAUGUGCUUUGUCUGAAGAUAAUCUCCUCAGAUGUUGCCUACCCUAUCAAUGUCUAUGGGACCGUGAUAGUCAGAGAUAAUCUUGAUUAUAAAUGCAUCAACAUCUUCCGACGUGACAGAAAUAAUUGCCAGCAAGUCACGUCAAAGAAUGAAGAUCUGAUUCUGACUGGCCCAACUAGAGGAGUUGUUUUUCGUGGUGCAGCUUUCUUUGAGAUAAAUCUGAUGCUCAGAGAAGAUGGAGAGGGCAAUGACAGACAAUUCAGCAAAGUAUUGAUUGAUGUGUUACUUGGCAGAAUUAACUCUAAGGUUUGUAGCAGGACUGUUCCUAGCUGGCUUAGUGAUGUGCAACUGGUAUUUUCAUAUGUUAAAAAUGCACUGGAGGCCACAAUUGAGAUCAAAGUUCUGUCAGGGCCUGAAGUUUUUCAUGGCAAAAUAACUGCUUGCACCACUGAAGUUCCAAACAAUUUUGUGAUGUACGACAGUGAUGUUGGUGGUGGUAUGGCAGUUGAUGAUGGUGGAAUUAUCCAACUAUUGCGACAUGUGGUGGCAGUUUCAGUAGAUGAGACGCUGAUACUCAAUAUCGGUGCCCAUGGUGCUGGUCACAGUGGUAACAUGUCCAGUUGUGUGAGGAAGUUCACUCCGAUGAUUAAAGGUGCAGAUGAGGACGAGUUUGCAUGUGGUCCUUACAUUAUGCGAAUCAAAGUUAUCUGGUCAACCUUGUUUUUACCACGAGGGUAUCAGGAGCAUGCCCAUCUGUGAAUUUUUCCAUAAAACUUAGUAGCCAUACUGGACUCAGCUAUAAGUAACAUGUUAAGGUACUUGUCAUGUCAUAGCAUGAAGCCAUGGCUAUGUAUUUAUCUUAGCUAGUUUUUUGGACUUGUAACAUGUAAAUGUGUGCAACUGGGGCAAUUGUGAAGCUUAAGCGCAU